CAAAUGGCGGUAUAUAUACUGGAAUUUUAUAUAUAUACUGGUAAUGGCAGCGAUCAGCGACUUACAGCAGGACUGCGGCGGGCAUUCUGACACUGGGGGAACUGACUAACUGCCACUGACAUCUCCAGUGACACUAAUACAGUGAUCAGUGCUAAUAAAAAGCACUAACACUGUACUAAUGGCACUGGGCAGGAAGGGGUUAACAUUUGGGGCAAUCAAAGUGUUAACUGUGUGCUGUUUUACAAACUGUGCUGUGUGUGUUUUACGGUGUAAGCAUGCUGGAGCCACACAAAAGGAGCCAUACAAAAGCAGCAUGCUGGUGCUGACA